AUGGCUCGAGAGUUGGCGGAAGGCGCCGGCGAGCCGGAUUUGCGCUUCAUCCAUUACAACGAUGUCUACCAUGUCGAAAGCGGCUCGCGGGAACCUGUCGGCGGUCUCGCGCGCUUCAAAACGGUGUGCGAGGCCUAUCGUUCCAAGACUAGCGGUCCUUUCGCGGAGCAGGUGGAGGUUCUCACGAUGUUCAGCGGGGAUGCAUUCAAUCCGAGUUUGGAGAGUUGUAUCACGAAAGGGAAGCAUAUGGUACCUGCACUCAACACCGUAAACACCACCGUCGCCUGUCUCGGGAACCACGACCUGGAUUUCGGCGUCAAGCACUUCCAAUAUCUAGCCUCGCAAUGCACAUUCCCCUGGCUAUGCGCGAACGUGCUAGACCCAGCACUAGGAGACGACAUCCCGCUCGCCAACUGCAAGAAGCACAUCAUCCUGACCGCCUCAAACGGGAUCAAAAUCGGCGUGAUAGGAAUUGUAGAGCGGGAAUGGCUGGACACGAUCAACAGCCUUCCCCCGAAUUUGCAGUACUUCUCUGCUUCCGCUACGGUUGCCGAGCUGGCGCCGAAACUGAGAGAGGAGCACGGGGCGGAGAUGGUGAUUGUGCUCACGCAUCAGCGGGAGCCGAAUGAUAACAAGCUGGCGACUAAGCUGGCUCCUGGGACGGUGGAUUUGAUUCUAGGCGGGCAUGAUCAUUUCUACGGCCACUCGAUUGUUAAUGGGACGCAUAUUCUUCGCUCCGGAACGGACUUUAAGCAGCUUUCGUACAUUGAGGCUCGGCGCCGUCGGCGGAAGGGUGGGGAUACGAGCUCGGGCUGGAAGUUCGACAUCGUACGGCGCGACAUUGUGUCCAGCUAUCCCGAAGACGCCGAAGCGGCCGAGCAAGUGGAAUCCCUCACACACUCCCUGAGCGAGAAACUGGAGAAGCCCAUCGGAUACACCGCUGCUCCGCUCGACGCGCGAUUCACAACAGUACGACUGAAAGAAAGCAAUCUCGCCAACUUUGUCUGCGACUUGAUGCGCUUCCACUACUUUGCCGAUUGCGCGGUGAUGGCCGCCGGCACCGUCCGAGGCGACCAGAUCUACCCGCCAGGCGUGCUGAAAGUAAGAGACAUGAUGGACUGCUUUCCCUUUGAAGAUCCCAGCGUAGUCGUUGGCGUCACGGGCCAGCAACUCCUCGACGCACUGGAGAAUGGCGUGAGCAAGUACCCUGCUCUCGAAGGCCGCUUCCCACAAGUGAGCGGCAUCCACUUCACUUUCGAUCCCAAACUACCCCCCGGGAAGCGCUGCUCAGACGUCUCCGUCGGCGGCCGCCCCAUCGAGUUGGAGAAGGAGUACACCCUAGUCACGCGAGCAUACAUGGUGCAAGGCAAAGACGGCUUCACCAGUCUCCGCCUCCCCGAAGACGGCGGCACCGCGCGCUCCAUCGUCAGCGAAGAGAACGGCAUGAUCCUCUCCACCAUUCUGCGGCAGUACUUCAUGAGCCUGAAGGUUCUGGGCCGCUGGAAGAAUUGGAAUGCCCCGAUGGAUCGCCAUUGGGACAAAAUCCAGACGCAGCUGCAUGGUGUGCAUCCUGUUCAGGAGCCGGUGGGAGGAGAGGAGGGCGGUGCAAUGAAUGGCAGUGUGCGUGUGCUUAAUGGUAGUGCGAAGGGAGAGCAUUCGUCUUCGCCGCCGGCCAAGAGGUACGUGGAUCACAUGGAGAGCGAAGACGAGGACGAGAGUAUUCCGCUGGCGUGCAUUCGGCAGACGGCGAGUGAGCGGGAUUUGCAUAUUAUGCGCAAGUACUCGCGCAAGUGGUGGAGGCUUGCGGGCUUGCCUGGGCAUCCGGACUUGGUUGAUGGGGAUGGGGGGGACGAUGAUGGCGUGUCUUGGGCGAUGGGCAUUGCGCCGAGGGUGGAAGGGCGGAUUAGGAUUGUGGGAGAGGUAGGGUAG